AGCUCUGUCGAGCUUGGCGAUUUCUCCUCUUUCAAAUUUGAGUUUCGGAACUUGUUUCGCCCGAGAAUCCCGGGGUUUUCAGUCGAGUUAGGUUAUUGACAUAGAUGAAAGAUUCUCGAGGUUCCGAUUGCCCGUUGCUUACCGGGAAGGAACGCUCGCAGCGCCACCGUCUCGGAACGGGAGCAAAGUCGAUUCUAGCGUGCGAAUCGCCGGUCACCCGAAACAAUACGACGAGUGCUCGAGAAACUGCAGAGUAAAUUCCUCUGAAUUUUCUACUCGUUUCAACAUCUGAACCAACAAGCGAGCUUGUCUCAUCACCAUCCAGAGCGAAAUGGCCGCAAGUCAAUUAUUCAACAUGCUCGGAAAGCUCGGCCUGGGCGUUGCCGUCGCGGGAGGAGUUGUCAACAGCGCCUUGUACAACGUUGAUGGCGGUCACCGGGCGGUCAUCUUCGACAGGUUCGCCGGAGUCAAAAGCACCGUCGUGGGGGAAGGAACGCACUUCCUCAUUCCUUGGGUCCAGAAGCCAAUCAUCUACGACGUACGCAGUCAGCCCAGGAACGUGCCCGUCAUCACUGGUUCCAAGGAUCUUCAAAAUGUGAACAUCACGUUACGUAUCCUGUUCAGGCCUUCCGCGGAGUCGCUGCCGAAGAUUUUCUCCACUCUGGGCGUCGACUACGAUGAGAGAGUUUUGCCAUCGAUCACAACUGAGGUCCUGAAGGCGGUCGUUGCGCAGUUCGACGCAUCUGAGAUGAUCACUCAGCGAGAGUUGGUCAGUCAGAGGGUCUCUGAGGAGCUAGUCGAGCGUGCCACGCAAUUCGGAUUGAUCCUCGAUGAUAUCUCUAUCACUCAUCUGACCUUCGGUCGAGAAUUCACCCAGGCCGUAGAGCUCAAACAAGUUGCGCAACAAGAAGCCGAAAGGGCGCGAUUCUUGGUCGAGAAAGCUGAGCAGCAGAAGAAGGCCGCCAUUAUCUCGGCCGAGGGAGAUUCCCAAGCAGCCACGCUCUUGGCUAAAGCAUUCGCUGAGGCCGGAGAUGCCUUGGUGGAGCUCCGACGUCUCGAAGCCGCCGAAGAUAUCGCCGCACAGCUCAGUCGGUCGCGCAACGUCGCCUAUCUGCCUCAUGGACAGAACACAUUGAUCAAUCUACCCGCAGCUUAGUCGUCCUCUGCAGUCACGGACGAAUCGGUGGGCGGAGACAACAUGAUUUUUCCUCGUGUGGUCCCCUCAUGAUAUUUUAGACGGAUAGAGAAAACUGCAUCAAACGAAACUAAUGUUCAUUAAAGUUGCAUUGUAUACUUAGAA